ACAGCCCUAGCACAGUGAACCUUUGGAGUUUGAUAUGAUGUGAUUACAGAAUCACCCCAUUGACACAUUGCCAAAUUCUUCAGAAUGAGGGUCUGAGUCUUCCGGGAGGUGAUCUCUGAAAUUGCUCAGUGAGCACCCCUAAUAUUGCUGAUUUAUUGCUGAUAAUUACUCACAAUGGAAACUAAUCAAAAAUACGGGGAUGGACUGACUGACACGCAGAAAGAGACUGCGCUGGACGCUCUGAUCCAGCGCACAGGGUAUCAAGUACACCAGGAAAAUGGUCAGAGGAGAUAUGGCGGUCCACCUCCUGGCUGGGAAGGCCCUUCUCCAGAGAGAGGCAGUGAGAUUUUUGUGGGAAAGCUUCCUCGAGACCUCUUUGAGGAUGAACUGGUGCCACUCUGUGAAAAAUUCGGCAAAAUUUACGAAGUACGGAUGAUGAUGGAUUGCAAUGGCAAAAAUCGAGGCUACGCAUUUGUUACCUUCUCCACAAAACAAGAGGCUAAGAAUGCCAUGAUACAGCUCAACAACUAUGAAAUCAGGAAUGGGAGACUUCUGGGCGUGUGUGCAAGUGUUGACAACUGCCGUCUGUUUGUGGGAGGCAUCCCAAAAACCAAAAAGAGGGAAGAGAUCCUGGCAGAGAUGAAAAAGGUGACAGAUGGUGUGGUGGAUGUAAUAGUUUAUCCAAGUGCUGCUGAUAAGACCAAGAACAGAGGCUUUGCAUUCGUGGAGUAUGAAAGCCACCGAGCUGCAGCCAUGGCCAGGAGGAAACUACUGCCAGGAAGAAUUCAGCUCUGGGGUCACACUAUUGCAGUUGACUGGGCUGAACCUGAAGUAGAGGUAGAUGAAGACACCAUGGCCACAGUGAAAAUCCUCUAUGUUCGUAAUCUGAUGUUAGCCACCACAGAGGAGACCAUUGAGAAAGAGUUCAACAGCAUCAAUCCUGAUUCUGUUGAAAGGGUGAAGAAGAUCAGGGAUUACGCUUUUGUUCAUUUCUCGCAGAGAGAGGAUGCAGUCAACACCAUGAAUGCAUUGAAUGGAAAGGUCAUUGAUGGUUCUCCUAUUGAGGUCACGCUAGCAAAACCUGUGGAUAAGGACAGUUAUGUUCGGUACACCCGAGGCACAGGGGGUCGUGGAGGUACUCUGCUCCAAGGAGACUAUGCUUACACAGUGGGGCAGAUGUACGACCCUUCAGCUGCCUACCUGGGUGCACCCAUUUUCUACGCUACCCAUGCAUACACCACUAUACCAAAUCAAUUAUGCUUCGCCACUACCAAAGGGCACAUAAGUGCCAGGGGGCUGGUGCGCACGCCCUCUGUUAGAGAAAUUUACAUGAAUGUACCUGUAGGGGCAGCGGGCGUACGUGGUUUGGGUGGGCGAGGAUACCUUGCCUAUGCCGGUGUGGGUCGUGGCUGCACCACAUACCAACUUAAGACAGACAAACGUCUCGACGACAAACUCUAUGACCUUCUUCCUGGUAUGGAGCUCACACCCAUGAACCCUGUCACCCUGAAGCACCAAGGCAUCAAACAUGCCCCACAGAUCUUGGAGGACAUUUGCCAAAAGAAUAACUGGGGGCAACCUGUUUACCAGCUUCACUCUGCUAUUGGACCAGAUCAGAGGCAACUUUUCCUUACCAAAGUCACCAUCCCUGCUCUAGCUGCACAGUAUCCAAAUAUACACCCGUUUACCCCCGCCAAGCUCUGUACAUCAAUGGAUGAGGCGAAGCUCCAUGCUGCCGAACACACGCUGCAGAUCCUCGGUAUACAGACAGAGGGCGCUGCUGCAUUCCCAGGUUAUACAAUUUCCAGCACAACUGCUACUGUGGCUGCAUCACAGCUGAAACUUGGUCAGGACCUUACAGCCUAUGCAACCUAUGAUGGUUACCCUGCCUUUGCUGUAGCGACCCGCGGGGAUGGAUAUGGAGCGUUUUAAAAACCCCUGCUGCAAUAAGACACUCACCAAUAGAAUAGUCUCUGUAAUGUUAACUUCUGUCCCAUGCAUCCUGUCAUGUUUAUAGGUUUUUGUUUUUGUUUUGGUAGAGUAGUGAUUGUUCAAGUAGACUGGUGGUAACUUUAUUUCUUUCCAUAAACUCUGAUGUUUUUGCAAUAUUGAAGUAUAUGAGUCAUCUUUUGACUUAACUCAGCCUGAUGGCAAUCUACAACUCAAUCCCAAACGUUUUAUGCUUUUGUCUGCUUUGUUUCCAUAUCAUGCAUCACGGUUGAGAAAAAGAAAAGAAAAAACUCAAUUUGAUUGAAACAUUACUUGUAUCAUAAAUUGUGGUCAUCCAGUAUGAUUCUCUAUUAGAUUUGUACUACCUAUGAAAAUGUCUAAAUUACAGAUUUUAGGCUGGACCUUUGUUUAAUGUUGCAUUUGAAGGAUUGCCUUGACAAUGAACACUGAAUCAUUAUCAAAUGAUCAAAUGCAAAGUAACAAUGUGCUGCUUGAAUAACAGCCAUUUAUUCAGACAUUGACUUUAGUAAGCUUUGGUAUUUUGUUGUAUUUAAAGUGGUUUGUUUUUGUGUUGGUUUUCUUUCAGUGUUUUGAUGAACACCCGAGUGCAGAAUGUUUUAACAGAAGAAAUCCAUGUAUAUGCUUUCAUAUGUACUUACCUGUUUUAGUAUCAUUUAUAGAUUUGGUUGACACUUUGUGGUUUGUUUGUAUGUUUAUAAGUCCUUUUUCUAUAUUGUAUAAGAUAGUCACAGGCUUGCUACUAAUAUGUUCCCAUCUCAUACUUUUAUACAUGGGGAAUAUGAGAGCAAUCGUUUAACACACAGACACAUUUGAUUAAAUUUAAAGACGCCUCAAUGGUGACAGUAUUAUAGAUUGUGUAGCACUUAAAACUUGUUUUUAUACCUGAAUUUCAAUUCUGUUUGUAUGAAGUUUGUUUUUGGAUCAUUGACCGUUUGAAGUAAUUCAUUGUCUCAGUGAUUGGCAUUAGAAUUGGAAGGAAAAUCUUAAACUGGUGUUGUCAGGACAAAAAAAUAAGCCGAGAGCUUUAUAGUGCUGCAGAGUGUCGAGUCAUAAAUAUAUAAUUCCAAUACAAUAUCUAACCAUUAAUAAAUCGAAUU